UCUGUCCGCCGCCGUGGCCCGGCGGGCUGCGGCGGGCAGCGGGGCCGGCGGCAGCAUGCGGCAGGCCCUGACUCAGCAGCGCCCGGCCGGGCUGGCCCUGCCCGACUCCGUGGGGUCGUUCAAUAGAAGAAAAAGAAAUUCCCUCUACGUAACUGUGACUCUCCUCAUUGUGUCAGUAUUAAUUCUAACGGUGGGCCUAGCUGCUACAACACGAACCCAAAAUGUGACUGUUGGAGGUUAUUACCCAGGGGUUAUUCUCGGUUUUGGGUCAUUUCUUGGAAUCAUUGGAUCAAACUUGAUAGAAAACAAAAGGCAAAUGCUGGUUGCAUCGAUCGUCUUCAUCAGCUUUGGUGUCAUUGCUGCGUUCUGCUGUGCCAUAGUAGACGGUGUCUUUGCUGCCAGACACAUAGAUCUGAGGCCACUGUAUGCGGGGCGAUGUCAGUACUACUCCAAGAGCACGACCCCACCAGAGGCAAUCUGUCACCCCCAGCGCCGUGCACCUUGCACCCCGAAGAUAAAAACCAACACCUGCUUCUGCUGUGACCUGUACAACUGUGGAAACAGAGUAGAGAUUUCUGGAGGCUACUAUGAAUACAUUGAUGUCAGCAGCUGCCAGGACAUCAUCCACCUUUACCACUUGCUUUGGUCGGCGACGAUUCUGAACAUCGUGGGGCUGUUCCUGGGGAUCAUUACAGCAGCAAUACUUGGAGGCUUUAAAGACAUGACUCCUUCCCUCCCUACGCUGAACUGUACGGUUGAAAACGCACACCCUUCUGUCACCUACUACUCAAGGCCACAAGUGACAUCUUACAACACCUACUACCACAGCACUCCUCACCUGCCUCCCUACUCUGCGUACGACUUUCAGCAUUCCAGUGUGUUCCCAGCCUCCACUCCUUCUGGCCUCUCCGAUGACCCCCAGUCGGUGUCACCAUCUCCCAGCUACAUGUGGUCCUCUAACGCGCCGCCUCGUUACUCGCCACCGUAUUUCCCACCUUUUGAGAAGCCACCACCUUACACACCGUAAAGAAUGUGGGAAAGAAGAAAAAACAACAACAACAAAUUGCCAUUGAAAUAUUUGUGAACAUUUUGUAUUUAUAUUUUACCGUGGGAGGGAGCAGGAGGGAUAGAUACAGAAGAUAGUUGCAAAUACAAAGAUUAGCCCGGAUUGUUCUUUCUUGGGAGACUUAUUUCAGAGGUUUAGCCACAGAGCAUGAGGAAGGGGACAUACCACUGAUGCUUUGUGGUGGUGACGAGUAGUGGGUAACCUGAAUUCCAGCCAGGUUCAUGUAGUCCUUGGUUUUUAAUGAGGUGGUAGAUUCUGAUCUGCCUUACUCCAUCGUGUGCCAAGCUGAAGUAAGGCCAGCCAAGAUCGAUAGUUGCCGGAGUGUAUCAAUCUGUUUAAGGUGAAGGUGCUUGCAGACAGCUCAAUUUGACACUUGUUUGGCCUUGGGGCUGGGAUUUUCUUGGGCCACAGAACGUAGCUCAUGUCACUUCAUGGUUACAGCCUCUGUGCUGGAAAAAUCUUGGGGGGAGCCAGAACAGUGUCUCAAACUUUUAACACUAAUGAGAAGAGAUAACAUCACAGGAUAUUGUCGUGUAUGUCUAGCAAAACAAUUGGAGUAUUGGUUUUUUGAAGGAAAAAGCUUUAACAAGCAAGCUGGUUUUAUUUCAGGAUGCUUCUUAAGACAAAAGCUGAAAUGGAGUUGUCUCUCUGAAUUCUGUGUAAGUCAAACCGUUUGGGUGGUUGCACUGCCUAAAUCUUCCUUGUAUUCCUCUAAAGAGCAUCAGGAAUUGUCCAGAAGUCACUGAAACAGUGCAGUGAACUUUUUUUUCUUCCUCUCUUCUGUUUGGUUGGGAAUUUUUUUUAAACUUGUACUUUUAACUUUUUUAAUGGACUAAGUCAGCACCCCAAAUAAGCACUGUUUUAGUAGCCGUUUGAUGGGCUGCACAUAAAGAAUAUCUGCUACUAGUUCUCCAAGGUAUAAGUCUCACAUGGAUAAAAUUCAGCACCCUGUAAUAUAGGAUGAAACUGAUAGGAAUUUGCAGUUAUUGUUGUGACUUUCAUUUAAUCUUCAGCUGAUGACUGUGCUGAUUGAUCUAGAUUCCAACAGAUUUUGCAUGCAUCCUGCAUAACAAAAGGAGGUCAGCUUUGUUACGUGGCACACUGUCCUGUAAAGUGUGGUUCUACCCCAGGAAGUGAUUUCAGAUGACAACAUUCAGACCUGAGCUGCUCAACCUGAGCAUUCUCAACUGCUUACUUCAGGAAUAAAAAUCAGGUAUUGAUGUUUUACUCCUUACUUCCCAAAGAUUUCAUUUCCUUGGCGUCAGAUUGCUGACUCUAAUCCUGAAUUGUCUACCUUUACUUUCAACUGAUGCAGACAAAAAGGUACCUAAAAGCUAAAUCAGACUUUGGGAAUCUAAAAGCGGAAUACAUGCUGGGGGCAGGGGGUUGAGGGGGAAUCCAGUUGGCUUUUAAACCGUGGCAUCUCUCUACUUGUAGUCUAAAGAAGAAAAAGAAAUACUGUCAACUUGGAAAGCAAACACUGAAGUCUCUGAUCUCACUUUCCAAAGUACACCCACACUUUAUAAAGCUGUUUUUAAUCCUAUGCAUUUGCAAAGCCUUUAGGCUAGGCUAUGUGUUAACCUUCUCAUUUCCACUGUCAAAUACUAAUCAGUGUAUUAAUAAGCUUAAGGAUGACACUGUUUAUCCAGAAGCAAGUGUAACUUUUCUCCAGUAAUGGAAAACAUAACAGCUGGAGAAAGGAAUGCAACUCAUGGGAUUUAAAGCAGUAGUGUAUGCAGAACCUCUCCUGGUGAUGUUUUUACUGUAGAUCGUUGAAGUGCAGCUCCUAUAAAUUUGUGUACUGGAAAUAAAUUUGUAUACUGGGGCAUCAUCCAUUUUAUGUCACAUUUUCCUGAAUUAAGUCUUGAUAAAGAGAUCAUGGGCAACUUCAAAGUAAGACAGUACUUCUCCUGAUAAAACUACCCACAAAACUCAAAUCAGAAGGGCACGUUAGUAUCGGAAAACAUUUUGUUGCUGCAUCUUUGAAACAAAAGCUAACAGUCCUGUCCCACUUCUGACAAACACACUCUGCCAUUUGUGCCUGUCAACUAAAUAGGGCUAGAAGGACUAGGGGACACUACAGGACAGGGAUAAGAAACUUGUAAGGGGAAAAACUUCCUGGCAGAGAAACAGUUAGGAAAUGGUGUCGUUGGUUUUGAGUUGACAAAUAUUACACUUGGGAAAUUAUCCAAAUUCUCUCUUUUUUGUUUUUUCCUAAGGAAUACUUAAGCAAAAAUUACAUUGCUGCUUUAAAUUCACUAUAAAAAGACAAGUUCAUUUUCACACCUAAAAAAUUACUGGUGGGAUUUUCCAUUGAAUUACCUGUUUCCUUCUGCUUGAGUAACAGUAAGUGUUUAACGUGAAUGCAACAUUCUGCACUGUAUUCAUCAUUUCUUAUGAGAAUGUUAAGACUGUGACUCAUGUACCCUUUUAUUACUUUACCAAACAAAUAAAAUUGUGUGAUUUUUGUAAA